GGCGCCUGGAAACUGGUCUGAGCAGAGCUGAGGGAUUGACACAAAUGGUCGGAGCCGCAGGGUAUUGGAACUCGUAUGGCGUGUUUAAAAUCUGAUUUCUACUAGAAAUUUCUUGGAGAAGGAUAGGAGAACAGAGAGAACCAGCAAAUGAACAGGAUUUGAUGUUGGGAAAGUUUAGCUCAGACAGCGACAAACGGGAGAGAAAAAGAGUCAAGGAAAGAAAUCGGAGAAGUAGUUGUAAAAAAAAAAUAAACGGCAAACCAAAGUAUGCCUGAGCAUAAUUGCUUUGAUAAACUUAGUCGGAAGCUAUUGCCGACAUUAUCUUUACUGAUUUUAGGACUUUGUGGGUCUCGUGGACAGUACGGGGACCGCGGACUUUCUGUCCCAGAGCAUGGAUUUUGUCAGCCUAUUUCUAUACCACUUUGCACGGAUAUCGCUUACAACCAGACCAUCAUGCCCAAUUUACUGGGGCAUACGAACCAGGAAGAUGCGGGGCUAGAAGUUCACCAGUUUUACCCGCUCGUAAAAGUUCAGUGUUCCCCAGAUCUGAAGUUUUUCCUGUGCUCUAUGUAUGCACCGGUUUGUACCGUGCUAGAGCAAGCUUUGCCCCCGUGCCGAUCCCUUUGCGAGAGAGCGAGACAGGGCUGCGAGGCACUGAUGAACAAAUUCGGCUUCCAGUGGCCUGAUAGCUUGGCAUGUGAAUCUUUUCCCGUUCACGGAGCUGGCGAGUUGUGCGUGGGACAGAACAAGUCUGAUAAAGGCAGCCCCACGCACAAACCUAACGAAUCCGUACCAGAUGAAAUCAUAACCGAUAAGUAUCCCAGGGACCACUUCACAUGCCCACAAUUUUUGAAAGUCCCCACGUAUCUGAAUUACCACUUUAUGAGGGAGAAAGACUGCGGCGCUCCUUGCGAGCCUUUGAUAUCCAACGGAAUGAUGUACUUCAGUCAGGAAGAGCUAAAGUUUUCUAGGAUUUGGAUUGGGAUUUGGUCUGUUUUGUGUUGUGCUUCUACUUUAUUUACUGUCCUCACCUACUUGGUUGACAUGAAGAGGUUCAGUUAUCCCGAGCGCCCCAUCAUUUUCCUGUCUGGCUGUUACACCAUGGUGGCUAUAGCCUACAUUGCUGGAUUUCUGCUGGAGGAUAAAGUGGUUUGUAAUGACAAGUUUAACGAUGACGGUUACAGAACUGUGGCCCAGGGCACCAAGAAAGAAGGCUGUACCAUCUUGUUUAUGAUGCUGUACUUUUUCAGCAUGGCAAGCUCUAUCUGGUGGGUCAUCCUGGCCUUGACUUGGUUCUUGGCAGCAGGGAUGAAGUGGGGUCAUGAAGCUAUUGAAGCCAACUCGCAGUAUUUUCACUUAGCAGCAUGGGCUGUGCCAGCUAUCAAGACCAUCACUAUUUUGGCAGUUGGGCAGGUGGAUGGAGACGUCCUUAGCGGGGUGUGCUUUGUGGGGAUCAAUAAUGUAGAUGCCCUAAGAGGAUUUGUCCUGGCACCCCUCUUUGUCUACCUUUUUAUUGGCACCUCGUUUUUGCUGGCAGGCUUUGUUUCACUGUUUCGGAUCCGAACAAUAAUGAAACACGAUGGCACCAAGACUGAGAAGCUGGAGAAACUCAUGGUUAGGAUAGGCAUUUUUAGCGUCCUCUACACUGUCCCUGCUACUAUCGUCAUUGCUUGCUAUUUUUAUGAACAAGCCUUUCGGGAACAGUGGGAGAAAAGCUGGCUUAGCCAGACCUGCAAGACCUAUGCGAUCCAUUGCCCGCCCAACAACUAUCCACACAUGACUCCAGACUUCACAGUCUUCAUGAUUAAAUAUCUCAUGACCUUGAUUGUGGGGAUCACCUCAGGGUUUUGGAUUUGGUCAGGUAAAACACUCAAUUCUUGGAGGAAAUUUUACACAAGACUGGCUAAUAGUAACCAAGGGGAAACAACAGUGUGAAAUUAUUUAGCUGUUAAGCCCGUUUUUUUUAUUUAAACAAACUGAAUAUAUUUCUUUUUUUUAAUUUUUUUUUUAUUGGACAGACUCGUUUUAUACUGAAUGUUUUGUUGUAAAUAACAUCUGUAAGAUUUUUGUAAGUAUAUAUUUGUAUUUAAAAAAAAAAACGAACAUACAUGAAAACUCACUUGCAGCAAUGUGUUUUGUAAAAAAUGGAAAUGAAACAGAAUACUUUCUACACUUAACCGAUCAAGUCAUAUAGUUGGUGCAACUGCUUGAACAAAAGUGGGGCAUACGUCAAACUUCAGAGUAGAUCAUUGUGCCUACCAGCAUGACUGUCUCACAGUUAAAAAACUCUGGACUUAAUGUGGAUCCGGAGGAACCUAUUAUUAUUAUUAUUAUUAUUAUUAUUAUUAUUAUUAUUAUUAUUAUUAUUAUUAUUAUUAAUCUUGCAAAAGACUAGUUCUUCCUUUGGGUCCUAAUGCCUUCUGAUGUAAAAUGCUUAAGCAUGUUUUAAGUAAUUUAAAAUAGGUGAAAGAGUGCUUGGAAGACCGGUCAGUCUGUAUUUAUAUGUGCAUUUUAAAAAACCAUUCAAAGGAGAGAGACAUUAUACUUUAGUAUCAUUUUGAGAUGGGGAUAAUUUAAUUCACAAAUCAACUACAUGCUGCACAGUUUAUUCCUUAUCACAAACCGUUCUGCAACAACAUUGGAGUCUCAUGCUAAGGUUUAAUUUUUUAAUCAAAUGUAAGACAAAGGCAAAACAAUAUUUUAAAAAAGCAAGCACUGGCACUGAACAGUAACCCCUUCCUUCAACAAAGUUGUUUCAUUUGCUGGUUUUGUACAGUUAACAUUGUUUUAUUCCUCUGGAAUGCUCUUGGCUUUCCACUUGCUUCAAAAUAGGACCUUAAGAUUAUACAAGUACUUGUUAUGGUUUCAAACAUGAAUAAAUAUAGACACUUUUUAAAAUAAAUAAAUAAAUAAAUACAUUAAAGCUUUGCAGUAUUUUAAAAAUAAUAUUAAUAUUUUCAUUUUAACAGCAUGGGUGACCUUUCAUAUAUAUAUAUAUAUAUAUAUAUAUAUAUAUAUUUUUUUUUUUUUAACUAAGGCAAAUUUUUUAAGACAAUCUUGAAAAUAUACUAUAUAACAAGAACACAACCCACAAUGCAAUAUGCAGACAUGUUUGAGCAGGAAAUAUUUUAUAUCAUAUGUCUAGAUCUGUUUUUAAUACAGUAUUUUGGAUUAUAAUUUAAGGGGAAAAAAUACCAGCAGUUAUUAAAGAGGCAUCAAGGGUAGCGGGAUUCCAAUAUUUGACUAUAAUAACUCGAUUUUUGCCUCAUAUAAUAUUAGUUGUGUAUUUUUUCAUUUAAUAUAAAAUAUAUAUGCUCUUUAACAACAGAACAUUGAACACAAUUGUGUUGAGUCAUUUUAUUCGCACAGUUAAGUUGCUUUUUUAAAUUUAAAUGUGUAUUUAAGUGUUUUUCUUAUUUGUAUAAGAUGGUGGCUAAUUGUCCAGCUGCACUUGUCUUUAAGAGGCCACCAAAGCAGCUGAAAUACUAAGAGGCGGACAGAUGGAAAAUGGCUCUGUUUCAAAGGGUGAGGCUAUAAAAAGCACACCCGAAAUGUAAUGUAUAGCACUCCAUUUUUGCAUUUUUAACUCUAUGCUAUUGGAUGACAGAUCCAAAUUUGAUUGUAUUUUUUUCCAUCAAUGCAGUCAUUUAUUUUUAAGGAAUGUUAAAUAUUCCGUAUUCUCCAAAAAAGGGAUAAAAAAAAACAACCUCUUAUCAUGCCUCCCAGUGCCCUUUUUAUGCUGAACAAUGAAUUCUUCUUACAUAACUUUUUAAAUGGCCUUUUCUAAUUGGAGCUGUGUGUUGUAUUGCUAGUUUGUACCAUACAGACAUAAGUAGCAUUCACAGUAAUAUCUACCAAUGUUGUGCCUCCAGUUCCUGCAAAGAGCACAGCAAACAUCCCGAGAAGGUGUUAGGACCGAAGGCAAAGUCUUUGGCAGCACCGCUUCAUCUCACCAUGCACAAGUACAAAGAAUUUACCCACAGUAGCCAGACGAUUUAUUGCACAAGUACUGUUUUUUGUUUUUAAAAAGAACUAUGUCUAGUUUUAAAACCAGGUCAUGUAAGCGAGAUAUUAAAGAUGCUUUUGUUAUUUUGUAACAAAGAAAGUUGUUUUCUAGAAGACUUCUGCAGCAUGAUUGCUUGAGUUUAAUCUUUUAUCAUAUAAACAUACAAAUGCCUGUAAUAAAUAAACCGCACCGCUUCCAUACAUUUGAUAAGCAAACAUGUUAUCUGAUUUUUUUUUUUUUUUUUUACAUUUAUUCCUGUUUCACUAUCAAAGAAUACUUUAUAGAAGGUUUAUAUAUUCCAUAUUUUUAAUUUCUCUAAAAAUAAAAAAAAUCCACUUUUUGUACAAAACUUAAAUUGAGUCUGUAAUUUGAGUUGUGUUAUUUGGCAGAUUGAAUGCUGUUGUUAAUUAAGACUAUAAAAAUGUCACCUGAAAGUAAAAUUUUACAGCAUUUUCCAGAAUGCCUGGAGUUGAAAUGAAACUGCUGCCGUGGAGUGCUGCUUGUACAGUAAGGCUGGAUUGCUGAGCACACAUGACACAAACCACUUACCAAGAGGGUUUCUCUUUACUUUCAAGAGUCGUAACACAAUGGACAGAAAGCUUUAUCUCACUUUAAAUAAAUGGUAACUUGUGUUAAAACUGCUCAAUAUAGGCAAACUCAUAUUGUUGCGUGAAGUGUCCCUACUAUUUACUGUAGUAGUUUUGUGGCAUUCAAUUUUAUUUUAAGAAAUAAACAGCACACACUUUUUCAGCACAAUCUUGAUUUGUGCAGAUGUUAUUUUUCUCUUGUUACCACAAAUGGGAACAUAUUUUACUUUUCAUGGGUAUGUCAGCCAAAGAUUAGAUUUGAUACAAUUACCUAAAGGCCAAGUGGGUUUUUAGGAAGCUGUCAAUAUUUUUGUGAUAGACAGUGUAAUGGUUUAAAGUUAUCAUGAAAGUAGUGAUUGGUACAAGCUCCCAUUGUAAUUAUGAUCGCUUGUAAAGUAGACUAUUAUAUUAUCUAACUCAGAGAAUAUAUAUAUAUAUAUAUAUAUAUA